GCAGGGAUGAGAACCUUAGAGAUCAUUUAGUAAAAGCAGCAUGCUUUACACACAUUAUGCAUACCAGUUUGAAAUGGGCCUUACCAGGGGCGGACUGACAACUCAUGGGGCCCCCGGGCAAUAGGGGAUCAUGGGGCCCCUAUGUCCUUGCCCAAACUCAAAAAGCCUAUGAAAAAGGUACCAGGGGCAUCUCAUGGGGCCCCCUACUGACCCCGGGCCCUUGGGUAGUGCCCAAGUUUCCAAAUGAUCAGUCCGCCCCUGGGCCUUACAUGUAUGAAAAA